AUGUGUUCCAACAAGAGAAAAAGGUUAGCUCUAUUCAAAACAAAUGGAGGUUGUGGAUGUAGCAACCCUAAAUCCUAUGAAGUACUCCAACCCUCCCCAAAACUCAACACCUCAAUUCGAGAAAACACAAACCCUACCACUUCCGGCGACAAAGACAACAAACUCUUCUUCGAAGUUCGCACAAACCAUGAAAACCCCAACAAUGACAACAUGCGAAAACCAUAUUCAAAACUCAUUGACAGUGUGGCGGUUGAGAAGGAUUCAAAGGACCCGCACAAGGAUUUUCGAGAGUCCAUGCUCCAAAUGAUCUUCCAGAGACAAAUCUUCACCAAAACCGAUCUUCAAGACCUUCUCGAGUGCUUCCUCCGCUUGAACGCCGCCUGUCACCACCAAGUUAUCGUUCAAGCUUUCAUGGAGAUUUGUCACGAAACGUUCCCCAAGAAGAAUAUCAACGCCGCAGACGCCAAUGCUGCUUCUUUCAAUAACAAAAUUUGA